GCUCUGGCCCGGCGCGCAGAGGGCGCUGUACGGGGACGCAGGGCCGGGCCGCCGGGCUGUGUGGAGAAGCGAGCGCGCUCGUCUGAGCCUGUCGUCCCCCUCCACCCCAGAGCCAGAGCAGCGAGCUCCCGGGCCCGCCCGAAGCGUCCGUCGCGCGUCCGGCGGUGGCGACGUCUUGCACCCGGCCGCCUCGCCGCUCCCGACCCACCCGCGCCCCCGCCCGCCGCCCCUUCUCCCCCGCCCAGCCGCGGCUCGGCGGCGGCCGCAGCCCCGGAGCAGCCUGAACAAGACCACGAAAGGUUGAAGGAUAAUCUACUAAUACCAGCGCUUUGAAUGAGAAUUUGUUUCUCUGCCACAAACUGAUUUUUUUAAAAUUUUAUUUUUCUGGUGGAGGAGUUGAAACAAGCCUAACUUUUUUGUGGCAGCGCAGCUAUGCAGCUUGAAAUCCAAGUAGCACUAAAUUUUAUCAUUUCAUACUUGUACAAUAAGCUUCCCAGGAGACGGGUCAACAUUUUUGGUGAAGAGCUUGAAAGACUUCUUAAGAAGAAAUAUGAAGGGCACUGGUAUCCUGAAAAGCCAUACAAAGGAUCAGGGUUUAGAUGUAUACAUGUAGGGGAGAAAGUGGACCCGGUGAUUGAACAAGCGUCCAAAGAGAGUGGUUUGGACAUUGAUGAUGUUCGUGGCAAUCUGCCACAGGAUCUCAGCGUUUGGAUCGACCCAUUUGAGGUUUCCUACCAAAUUGGUGAAAAGGGACCAGUGAAGGUGCUCUAUGUGGAUGACAAUAAUGAAAAUGGAUGUGAGCUGGAUAAGGAGAUCAAAAACAGCUUUAACCCAGAGGCCCAGGUUUUCAUGCCCAUAAGUGACCCGGCCUCCUCAGUGUCCAGCUCUCCAUCGCCUCCCUUUGGUCACUCUGCUGCUGUCAGCCCUACCUUCAUGCCCCGGUCCACUCAGCCUUUAACCUUUACCACGGCCACGUUUGCUGCCACCAAGUUCGGCUCCACCAAAAUGAAGAACAGUGGGCGUAGCAGCAAGGUAGCACGUACUUCUCCGAUCAACCUCGGCCUGAAUGUGAACGACCUCCUGAAGCAGAAAGCCAUCUCUUCCUCAAUGCACUCUCUGUAUGGGCUGGGCCUGGGCAGCCAGCCUCAGCCACAGCAACAGCAGCAGCAGCAGCAGCAGCCGCAGCAGCAGCAGCAGCCACCAUCCCAGCCACAGCCUCCACCACCACCUCCACAGCAGCAGCAGCAGCAGCAAACCUCUGCUCUGUCUCCCAAUGCCAAGGAAUUCAUUUUUCCUAAUAUGCAGGGUCAAGGUAGUAGUACCAAUGGAAUGUUCCCAGGUGACAGCCCCCUAAACCUCAGUCCUCUCCAGUACAGUAAUGCCUUUGAUGUGUUUGCGGCCUACGGAGGCCUCAACGAGAAGUCUUUCGUAGAUGGCUUGAAUUUUAGCUUAAAUAACAUGCAGUAUUCUAACCAGCAAUUCCAGCCUGUUAUGGCUAACUAAAAAAAAAAAAAAAA